AUGCAGAUGGGAGAGCGGGGGCGGAGGCGGGGCUGGGCCGCGCUGCGGAAGGAAAAGCGAAAGCGUCAGGCCUCGAGAAGCUGCGGCUGGGUGGUGCUCGGGCUGCCGCGGGGUCUGGCCGCGCCGUCGCUCUUCGCUGUCGGAGCUGCUGGCGUGGACUCGGAGGAGGACUACUUGGUGCGGCAAGCCAGCCCCCAGCACCGGGAGGACUGCAGCCUGAAGAUGAGCCCCGAGCGAGCCCGGCAGGAGAUCGAGCAGUGCAAGGAUCUUUGUAGUGCUCUGGAUCAAGACAACGCGAUGCUGCAAAAGGACAAGGAAGCUGUAGAGCAAAUGUUACAACGUGUAAAGAAAGAGAGAGAACUUCUUCAGAAAAAUCUCAAGCAAAAGCCUCCAAAUUAUGACAAGGUGGAUAUCUCUAUAGCACAGGAUGAGAAGAGCAGAUUGACACAGGAGAAGCAGAUGUUGGAAAACAAAUUGGAAGAAAUGAGAAAGAGGAUCCUCAGGGAGGACCCGAUGAUGAUGCUGCAUGCCUUACCAGAGAGGAAGGUAGUGUUUAAGGGACUUGCAACAGAUAAGGAGGACGUGAACAAGCUGGUGCUCACCCCUCUGAUCCGCUGUCCUCUGACAGGGGGCUCAGCUCUCAUCACCUUUGAGAAGGCAGAGGUGGCCCAGCGGGUGAUAGAGAUGAAAGAGCAUGUGGUGGAGCUGAGCCAUGGGGAGGACCCAGAAGACCUUGACCGGUGCCAAGUGCGAGUGCAGGCAGGUCCAGUGGACAUACUGCUGCCAUCUGCUCUGGAGAUUGGGCUCGCUCGAGGCAGCAGGAGUAUCCUGGUGUCCGGACUGCCCAGCCUGGGCAUCCCUGAGGACAUUCUACUGGACAAGCUGGAGCUCUUCUUCAGCAAGACAAAGAAUGGAGGCAGUGAGGUGGAGAGCAGGGAGUUCCUGGAUGACUGUGGCCAGGUGGUGCUGACCUUCACGCAGGAUGGAGUGGCUGAGCAGCUAAUCACUAGAGGGCAGGUCCAGGUGCCUAUUGGGAAAACAAAAUACAAACUCAAAAUAUCGCCCUAUAUGAGAGGAAAUGUCACCAACUUGCAGCUGCAGCCCUCCCGCUGCACCAGGACUGUUCUGCUCUCGGGGAUCCCAGAUGUGCUGGCUGAGGAGCCCAUGAGGGAUGCGCUGGAGAUCCAUUUCCAGAAGGACAGCCGUGGUGGUGGAGAGGUGGACGUCCUCGGCUAUGUCCCAGCUGGGUGCCGGGCAGUGGCUGUGUUCAGGGAGGAUGUGGGCUAGCCCUGACCAGCACUGUAAGCCUGGUUCAUCGGGAAUUCAGUGUGUGAAUUAAAGAGGCCUGCACGGA